GGCUGCCGUCCCCGCGGGGCCGCCGGUCACACGCUGACACCCGGGGGCGCUGGGGAUCGUGCCCGGAGGGGGGCCCCUCGGGGCUGUCGGUCACGCAGGCGCCGGGCAUCGUGCCGUGGCGCAGCCCCGCGCCCGGCUGUAGCCAGCUUUCUUGUCCCGCCAGAGGAGAUUGCGAAGCACAAGGGCCCCCCGGUUUUCACCCAGGCGGAGCGGUACAAGAUGGUGCAAGCCAUCAAGUGGGUGGAUGAGAUUGUGCCGGGGGCCCCCUACGUCACCACGCUGGAGACGCUGGACAAGUACAACUGCGACUUCUGCGUGCACGGCAAUGACAUUACUCUUACUGUAGAUGGCAAGGACACCUAUGAGGAGGUGAAGGCAGCUGGGAGAUACAGGGAAUGCAAACGCACCCAAGGCGUGUCCACCACCGAUCUUGUGGGCCGCAUGCUGCUCAUGACGAAGGCGCACCACAGCAACAUAGACGAAGACCUGGACUACCGGAAGCACACAGAUAACUUUGGGAAGGGCCCCAAGGGUCACAGCCCCUGGACUGGAGUGUCUCAGUUCUUGCAGACGUCCCAGAAGAUCAUCCAGUUUGCAUCUGGGAAGGAGCCGCAGCCGGGAGACACCAUCAUCUACGUGGCUGGAGCCUUUGACCUGUUCCACAUUGGCCACGUUGACUUCCUGGAGAAAGUGCACCAGCUGGCAGAGAGACCCUACAUCAUUGCUGGGCUGCACUUUGACCAGGAAGUGAAUCGUUACAAGGGGAAGAACUACCCCAUCAUGAACAUCCACGAGCGAACGCUCAGUGUCCUGGCCUGCAGGUAUGUGUCAGAGGUGGUGAUUGGUGCCCCGUAUGCAGUCACGGCUGACCUGCUGGAUCACUUCCGGGUGGAGCUCGUGUGUCAUGGGAUGACGGAGGUGGUGCCAGACAAGGAUGGCUCCGAUCCAUACAUGGAGCCCAAGAGACGCGGCAUUUUCCAGCUGGUCAACAGCGGCAGCAACCUCACCACAGACCUCAUUGUGCAGAGGAUCAUUAAGAACAGGUUGGAGUUUGAAGCCAGGAACCAGAAGAAGGAAGCCAAGGAGCUGGCAGUGCUGGAGGCCAUGAAGAAGCUGGAAGAGGAGAAGCAGCCGGGGAGCCCGCAGAGCUAGGCUGGCCAUAACUUUGUGGGUGGGCCACCGAGCAAGGCAGGGCUCUUCCCCAGAGAAAUGGAGUGAGCUGGCCCGGGCCCUGCACCUAGCUGGGGCUGCUGUUGGCCCCACAGCGCUGGUCCUGCCUCCUCUGGCUCUGCUCUGCUGCCUGAGGCACAGGGCUGAUGCUGGGAUGCUGCUUCUGACUUCUCUCAUUAACACUUCCUGGAGAGACGGGGGAAUCGGUUCUAAUCCUAAAGAAUGUUUUAACGUGCUGUGGUAGUUUGAUCUGCUGGCACAUCCGGCGUCUCGUUUUGGGCUCUCAGCACCCAGCCCUGCCCUUCCCUUCCCUUGUCCUGUCUGCAGUCUGGUUUGGAUUGGCCCCUGGUGUAGGCAACUUUACAUGCAGCAAAAGCCCCUUCCUCAUUGAUAGGGGAGCUCUUGGCCCAUCCCUGCCGUUUCUGAGGGCCUUUGUGAAUGAAGCCCUGGGCCUGAUCUGCCAGCUGCUUCCCUGGCUUAGAAAGCCCUGAUCCUGGGGGUGCUGCUCUGUGCUGGGCAGGGGCUUCUGCAGUGCCCAGAGCUGCGCUGCUCAGUUUGGGGGGAGCUCGCCUGGAGCCAGCCAGCCUGUGCUAGCAAACUGGCUUCCCUGACAGCAGCCCAGUCCCCACCUGCACCCAAAGGCGCUGCUCGGGUGGGGUGUGUGCAGCAGCUGUCAGGGCGGGUCAGCAGCAAGGGCUCUCGCAGCCAACCCAGGAGACCAUCCGCUGCACUAGGGUUGAGCUGUGGGUGGCGUGGCUGUGCCCUCACCAGCCGCAGGGACUCUACACUACAUGCUGGGUGUACUCUGCUUGCCACAGAAGCCUGUUGCUCGUGGGCCUCUAUGACGCUGGUGUCUGGCCUUGGUACUGGCAGUGAGCCACGGAGGGUUGAUGCACUUGUCCCCUCCUGCUCCCGAGGGAGCUCUGCAGAGCCGGGGGAAUCCAGGCCGGGGCCCUUUCUGCCUUGUUUCUGGGGGGGCGGGGGGCUGCCCCUAAGCUGCGGCUCGGUCCUUGCAGGUGGGUGUUUUCUAUCAGUCUCCUGUAAACUUUUGCUGCUGCAAAUUAAUAAAACGUCGUGGAGGAGUUGUUUGCUUGGUGGUGACCUGUCGGAGGCAGCCUCCCUGCUCCGAGGUCGCUGCAGAGCUAGG